AGAUUGGCUGCUUCGGUGACGGCGCCUCAGGCCUGAGAGACUGCGCGAGCGAGCCGAGUGGGCGCGGAGGGUUCCCGCGGCUCCUUAGACAUAGCCAUUUGCCUUCCACAAGAGGCUUCAGUGGGGAGUGAGAGUGCUUCAGUAGAUAAACAGCUGACUAUGAAUUCUGAGCAAAACAUGCAUGAGUUAGGCAAUGAAGUCACAUCUGAGGACCUUGAACCACCAGCGAAUAACUCCAGGAAUAUACAUGCCAUGGAAUCUUAUCCAGAUGAAGGGCCAUUUAUGAAGUGCAGUAUUAUGGAAUGUGGAAAGAGUGAUAUGAAUUAUGAAUCUGAGAUUUCUCAAGUUAUCGCAGACUUAAAUAAAGAGACAUCGGUAGCAUAUCUUCAAAAAGAAUUGGAAAUUCUCAGAACAAGCAAUAAAAAGCUUCAAGAAAAAUUGACUCAAGAAGAUAAAGAUAGGAGAAAAUUAGAGCUUAAGUUGGAACUCCAGGAGAAAGCCGCCGAGGCUGAAAUCGCUGAGAGGACAGCAGCUUUGGUCGAAGAAGUGUAUUUUGCGCAGAGAGAACGUGAUGAAGCUAUUAUGUGCAGACUGCAGCUAGCCCUUGAGGAGAGAGAUGAAGCAGUCGCACGUAUGAAGCAUAUGGAAAUGUCACUGAAAAUGCUAGAAAAUAUUAACCCUGAAGAAAAUGACAUGACAUUACAGGAAUUACUGAGCAGAAUAAACAAUGCAGACACUGGGAUAGCUAUUGAGAAGAAUGGAGCUCUAAUUGUGGAUAGAAUCUACAAGACCAAGGAGUGUAAAAGGAGAAUAACUGCAGAAGAAAUGAAGGCAGUGAUAGAAGAGCGGGACGCCGCUGUGUCUCAGUGCAAACGGCUGCACCGGGAGCUUCAUCGUCUGAAAGAGCAGAAGCAGACUUCAGCAAACAACACGAGACACCCGACUGCUGAAAACAAUCAGGAACGUGCUCUGAAGGAAAAAUUGCUAUCGAUGCAGCAAGCCAAAGAAACUGCUGUUGAGCAGUACAAAAGGCUGGAAGAAGAAAUACAGACCUUACGAGUUUACUACAGUUUGCACAAAUCAUUAUCUCAAGAAGAGAACUUGAAGGAUCAGUUUAACCAUGCCCUUAGUACCUAUGAAGAAGCCUUGAAAAACAGAGAGAGCGUUGUUUCAAUCACUCAACAGCAGAACGAAGAACUGGCCACCCAACUUGAGCAGGCUCUGACUCAGCAAGCAAACAUGGAAUUACAGCUUCAGUGUGCUCUUGAGGUCUCCCAAGCAGCCAAUGAAAAAGUUCAGAAGUUAGAAAGACUGGUGGAUGUCCUGAGGAAGAAGGUUGGAACCGGGGCCCUGAGGACAGUGAUCUGACUGAAAAACACCCAGUCUGGGGCGAGCAAUCACAUCUGGUGGCCAGGCUGCUUCAUUCAGCACUGUGCAAACACUGAAAGCCUUAACUUAGCAAACAGUUGUUAGAAGUGGGACACUCCAAGCACAUUCCAAGCUGAGAUAAGAUCAAAUCACAAAUGUUUAACCACUUUGCUGCUGGCUUCAGUUAUUCAUCCAAAUAUAUUAACUACAGGCUUUUACCAAUUAUAACAUUGCAGCUUCUUUUGUAGCUAUUUUAUAUUUGCGCCUUUAAUGUAAUUCUUUUUUGCCGGUGUACUAGAAAAAUGUGUGAAGUCGGUCAGGAUCGUACCCUCACAUAUGGCCCUUUCUGAAUCAAAGUGCAGCAAAGUCAAUAUUGUCUAAGCCUUAAUCCACUGUGUUAGGUCAAAACUUCAAACAAAUGCAUUUUCAGUAUAGAGUAUAUUUCUUAACUGAUGGAGAAGCUCAGACAUGAGAGAAUGUAGCCUACCUUCAAUGUACGUAUGCAGCUUUUGUUCUUAAUAUUGAGUGAUAUUAAGUAUAGAUGCCAUGAAUAAAGUGUUUUAUUUGCUUUGAUAGUACAUUAAGAUGACAAUCACCAAGGUAUGAUUUUUGUUUUUAAUAUAUGCUGUUUUCAAUUAAAAAGUUAUUAAUGUGUGCUUACACAUACA